AUGCCGCUUCGUGCCUCUGUGGCCUCCGCCAGAACGGCGACAGUCACCACCUUUGAACACGAACCGCAAGAAUUUCCUCUGACGCAAAAAGCCACGGGCGAUUUAGAGGGGCUCAAACAAUAUGGACUCAGACUAGGACAAGCAAGCGCUCAAGGCCAAGCCCUCGAAGCUAGUUUGAAAAAGGCUGCAGAACUGCUCAAGCAGGUUGUAGGGGACAUCAAUGAUAGAGCAGCUGAGGAACGUACGAGACGACAGAAUAGGCUGCAGAAGAGAGCAAACGAUGGCGAGGAGGUCGAGCCUGAGCAAGAGAAGGCAUCCUUUGAUGAGUUCCAGCAGAAAGUGGAGGAACUGAAUCAGAAGCUGGAUGAGAGUGUCCGUAGGGUUGUCGAUGAUCAGGCCUGGCACGAGCGAAUACCUGAGUCACUGCAGCAUGUGAUUGCAAAGUCGAAGGAAACACACACACGGCAAGAGGCAGCUGAGAUGGAAGGGCAGAGUGAGAAUGAGGAAGAAGAGGAGGAGCCUAGAUCACGACCAUCGGCUUUCCACGAAUCCGAAAGAGCUACAGCCCUGCUACAUGCAGCAGAGUCGACCGCAGACACUGUUUGGACCUCUCAAACCUUGACGGAACGAUAUUCUGAAAAUCCAGUCUAUGCAGAUUUUUACAAGAUUAGGUUCGACGCUCAACACCCAGGCGAAAAUGCACCACCAAUACCCUCAGCCAAUACGUGGUUUGCCUCACAGGAAGGACGAGGUAUACAGCGUAGAGCAAUUGUUAGCCAGCGAGAUACACAAGACUCCAUGCCUGGAGGCUUUGUACCUGAAGACGAUCAGGAAGAUGCAGACCCGGACAACGAGGAUACAGAAUUACAAAUCUCAUCCGAAAACCGAUCCUGCAAGUGUCCACUAACUCUGCAAUACUUCAAACAACCCGUUACAUCUAGAAAAUGUCCCCACAGCUUUGAAAAGUCGGCAAUACUGGGCUUGAUCCGCACGUCCACAGACAGAGCACCAUUGACCGCAGAACAACUUGCCGUCCUCAAUCAGCAGCAUCCUCCUCGAAGUAGAAGCCGGCCAGAAGCUGAGCACUACAUGAGGCAGACGAACAAGAUCGCUGCGCAAUGUCCAGAGACAGGUUGUAGAGAAAUGCUGACAGCAGACGACCUGUAUGAUGAUCAACUACUGAAGCGCAGGACACUGCGAGCAAUUGCGGCAGAAGAGAGGGUCAGACAAGCAGACGCCGAAGAAGGAGAUGGCGACGACAGCGACUCUGAUGUGUUACCUGGCACGCAAAUUAGGAAGAGGAAGAGAGUCGUGCCGAUUGGAUCGAGUCCUGCAACGGUAAGGCGAAGGACACUCAUUAAGAAUGAGCUCAGAAGAGACGCAAGCGUUAUACCAAACUCACAACCGAAUGGCCAUAGCACCGAAGGUGCAGUCAUGGACGUCGAGGAUGAGGAAGACGAAGAGGAAGAAGACCAAUAA